CGGCGGCGGCGGCGGGCGGUGCGGCGGGAGUCUGGCGCUGGUGAUGUCCGCUCCCGGGCGGCGGCCCUCGGACGUUCAGUCACACUUUAACCAUUAAAACUUCCAUUGGCGACUCCACAAUGGGCAACUGCUUCAAGUCGCAGACGGGCGACGACAUCUCGCUGCUGAAUGACUCGGCGAGUUACGCCGGAGACGGAGCGGGCGGCGGGGCCGCCGGGACUGGGCCCGGGGCCGGGCCUGGGGCGGACGGAGCGCUCGGGGCCGCGCUGCAUAGGCCGCCCGCGGCCUCCCCACCGGAGCAGGAACAAGCACAAAUUCCAGUUUAUCACCCAACACCGAGUCAAACCCGCCUGGCAACACAGCUGACGGAGGAGGAACAGAUUCGAAUAGCACAGAGACUCGGCCUGAUCCAGCACCUUCCCAAGGGCAGCUUUGACUGCGGCAGGGAAACCCAAAACAAGAAGAUCAAGGAGUGUGUGAUCUGCAUGAUGGACUUUGUAUACGGCGAUCCGAUCCGGUUCCUGCCGUGUAUGCAUAUAUACCACAUGGAAUGCAUCGACGAGUGGCUCAUGAGGUCCUUCACUUGCCCGUCGUGUAUGGAGCCCGUGGAUGCAGCCUUGCUCUCCUCCUAUGAGACCAACUGACCUGACUUGGCUUCGCCAAGCCUCACUGCACUUUGAAUGUCGUGCUGCCAAAAGGAGUGAAGAAAUGGGCAGGGCUGGGGUGGUGGGAGGGUGGUGGACGGUUUGGGGUGAAAAGGGGGGAAAUCUUGCACUCACUCAGACCAAAGAAUUAUCCUGUCGUCCUUCUCCCACCCCUCCCUCCACCCCACCCAGAAAAUCAACCAUAGCUUUUGUUCGUACCAGACAGUACAUUUGUCCAGCUGACGAUGCUGCCACUUGGCCAAAUGUUCUACUUAACACUGACCAGCAGAAAGGGAAGUGAUUAAAACCAGAGUGAGGGCAGGAGUGCCGCUCAAACAGCGCAAAGGCGUUUGGUUCUUUAGCUUUCUUUGCACGUACGGUAUUGGUGCCCUUCACACCAUCGGCUUCGCUCACUGAAGGACAAAGCAGAAACUUGGCUUUGACCUUUAAGGGUGAUUUUCCUCCUUUUGUUGGUGGUCAAUUGCCACGAUGCCUUCACCUCGGUGGCUGCUUCCGGCUGUACAACUGCUGUGGGACCCUGGUUUGUGAUUGGCGGUGGGCUGGGUUUAAACCUGGAUAAUCCUUCACUGGGCAGGUUGAUGAUUCCACCGAUGAUGGGAAGUUGAAGGGUCAUUUGAACAGACUCGGAACCUUGGCAGUGAUUGUUGGUGGGAGUUGAUUCUUUUUCAAACUCAGGAUGUGGUUGCUGACGGGGCCGGGGUUUGCUGCCCUUGAUGAGGUGCUACUUUGAACCACUGCAGUCUGCAUGGUGAAGAUGCUGCAUCAUUGUCAUUUCUCUCUGCGUGGGUGUACUUCACCUGCUGCAAGCUUCCUGCUGGGAUGGACCUAAUCUCCAGGACAAACGGGAAACAUUUAAUCCUAUGUUGUCUCCACUCCAGAGCCAAGGACGUUCCAGCCCCAAACUGCAGAACACAGAUGACUGCUUGUGUAACACACCCAAAGGGGAGCUCAGAGUUCCCGUGGACCCCUUCAACACCGUCGGUGAGAGAAUGGGCCUCCUCAUCCUCUGCCAACCUGCCCUGCGACACAACACUUCCCUGACUGUGGCUCUGGAAGAUGUGGAUCAUUUUCCGAAUGUUGUGAGCCACAUCUCAGCGAAGGCAGUCAUUGAUGAUGAAGUACUCCACCACCUGUGCACAGCCUUCAGCAGCUGAGAGAAGCAGAGUUCCAUCCUCAAGCACUGGGCUCAUUGUCGAGCAGGCUGCAACAGAGAUGGGGAUUAUUGGCACCUCAAAGUACUGAAGUGCUUCCCCAAAUGCUAUCUCUGCAAAAUCCUCCCAAUUCAUUAACAAACCAACAUCAGCACCCUCCUCCAGGGCAACCUCCCUGGCACCGAGACUUGCUGUGUUCAGCCUGUUCCGAUACCCCGAUGUGACCACGGCUCACCACCAGACCUCUGAUGGUCUACUCCAUGCUCUGGGAAGGGAUUGAUCUCCUUCAAGAUGCAGCUUCACAGACUCAUGGAAAUCCCCGACCUGUGACCAGUCGAGAUGGCGGAAGAGCAUCUGGGACGUCUGAAUCCCUGGAGCUGUACGGGAGUACAAUGCAAACACUGGAAGAGCAAACUGUCCACACACCCGUCUUAUCAAGCACCUCUUGUGACAGUGUCUGCAGGGAGCACACUCACCUCGUCAGCCACCUCAGCCCACAGAGCUGGGACGGGAGAAGGUGGGGCUUCCUGCACUGGAACAUCGCAGUGUUGCAGGGAUGGCAUUAUAUUUCCAGGCUUGGAUGGUAUGUGACGUGGAGAUGGUGAUGUGCCUUGUCCUUCAGCUAUCUCUCACUUGUCCAGCAGUCAGUGAAUUAGCAGCACCCCUCUGACCCAAGGCUGCUGAGCUCCCUACAGCAACCCACCCAUGCUCCUGAGAGCAGCCUCCUUGGUGCUUGGUUGGAAUCGAACUCGGGACCUUCCUGCCGGAACGCUGGGAACUGUAAGGAGGGAGCGAAUAGUUUUAAGAGCGAUGGAAAGGUUGAAGAUGUUUCAAGGGAGCCACACUUUGUCUUUUACUGAAUCCUGCAUCUGCCGCAGCCUGUGCUGGGGCAGGAAGGUGUUUCCUCUCUUGCAUCUGUUGUCCUUGAUCCUGACCAGCAGGCUCUGGAUGUUUUCCAACAGUGGGAAAGAAGGUCUGAGGUUUCACUGGGUGCUAAGAUGUCUGUGGCAGCUGGAUUCUGCACACGGGAGAUCUGGGAGAAGCCUGCCAUUGGCCUGCAGUCAUGUGGAACGCUUCGAGGGAUUGGCCCAAUUUACCACGCAUGUUUGCUCCAGAGAUCUCGUGUUGAUGUAGGAGGUUUUCUGAAUCUUGAUGCUAAUUAACCACCACGGAAAGUGACAAAGGCAGGAAACCUGAUUCAUCAAAUGACCAGCUUCUUUCACUGUCCUUUUAAUUCAUCAUCCUUGGACAGUCAGUAGUUGUUUCCCCUCUCCUGCUGUUCCCCCUCUACCCUGUAAAUCUUCUUCCUCAUGUGAGGAGGAUGGUUUCAGUAGAUCAUUUAAAGAUUUUGAAGUAAACUUUCCUUACAUUUGUUGACUGCUGCACUGUUCUCUCAGUGGUGUCUGUGGGUGUGGUACCUCCUGCUGGCCUCCCUGACCAUCAGGUGUGAAGCUGGGCUGUGAGUGAAGGUCUGUUACUUGACAGUGUGGUGGGGACCCUUGUACUUUAUAGCAGGGGUUCUCUGGGUAUGACUCGAUCUAUAAUUCUGUCACAGUGCAAAUCACUCGGGCUCUUUAACUGUUGGUCAAGAGCCGGCCAGCAACCAGAUAUUUAUACCCCAUUUCUAAUACUUUUCAUGAUUUUGUAAAGAAAGUGUUUAAAGAAUGAUCUUGUUUUUCAAAUGUUCAUGUUUUAUUGCCUGGGAUGUGAAUGUUUCCUGGAGACUGCAGCAGAAUUCUUGGAAGAUUCUUAGUACCUCUCAGAUCAGUUGAUGGUGACUAUCCCAGGGCUUGGAGCUGGAACCCUCCUGGUCUCUCUGGGUCUGUACACUGAGCGACCUUGAGCACCCCUUUCAAUGGAUGUCCCCAGCACCCAGGACAAGGCAGUGUGAAACCUGAAUGUGGUCAGGUUUACUGUUACAUGUGCAUUUGUGUAAAAUUCUCCUAUUUUUAGGGGAGGUGUUAAUGUAAAGAUUUAAAAUAAUCUGACAGGAUGGUGUGAUUUGCACCCAGGAGGUACAGAUGUUGAGCAUUUAUUUCUGACUUACAGUUGUUAACCAGCAGCCACCGUGUAGUUUGGAGAAUUCUGGUCGUAGCAGGGCAUCCCUUGGUUGUUCUCUGGCUCCUAGAAUUGAUUCAGACUAGGCUCUGGUUCCAAUUGGUCCACCCCAGAGAGUGACUGUUGGUCUCUAUUUGACCAUAGGUGUGGGGCAUUGCAGUCACCUCUAUCCUCAAUGCACUUCCACAGCAGCUGACUGUGCUUAGUUAUAGCACCCUGAAUCCUCCCUCAGCUGAGAUCAGCCGUGAUCCACCCUGUGAUGCUCUGGUCUCUGCUCCUACACCAGCUGGUGCCUUUACCUAACGACGUCAGGUGGAACCUCCAAAGUGCCGGGUAACCCUUGCGCUGCCUCAGAACUCUGCAGACUGAAAUCCUCUGCGAUUGCACCCUGUCUCUUUAAUUUAGAAAUCCUGCUUUGUGAAGCAUGUGCAGUUGAGCUGCUUUUAGCUUCAGAGUUAUCCUUGUGCUGUGCCUGAGAUGGAUCUAAGUUGAUCCCAUUGGUGGGAGAGAGCAAAGCCAGGCUGACUCCCCUGAUGGAAAAUGAAGCCUUGCUGAGCUGAUGUGAUACUUGGACGGGGGUGUGUGGGGGUGGAGACAGGGGUGUGGAUUUGCUGUAAGCUUGCACAGUCUGUGACUGAAAGUAAGGCAGAUGUAGAACUUAAAAACUAAUAACGUGUUGAGAAAUUGUGUCUGUCCAUGUAAACCUGUGCCGCAGUCACACCCUCACAGGAAUGACUGAACCGGCUGUCCCAUUAAGCGAGGAUUUAUAAUAGAAACAUAAAAAGGAGGGAAAGUCUGACUUUGAAUUAUAUUUUGUGACGGCACCUCCCAAAACACAUCCCUCACUUGUGAGGGAGACUUGUUCCAUAAUGUCUGUUACAUGCAGACUCAACAUUAGCAAAGAGCUUCCACUGUCAAAGGGAAGGUUCAGACUAUUCCCUGGGAAAUGGCAGCACCAGGAAUGCACGAUAAAAGCACACGGCCCAGCCAAGCACACGGCCCAGCCAAGCACACGGCCCAGCCAAGCACACGAUGAAAUGCAAGCAAUCUUAGGAUUUCUUUAUUGGACAGGACAGUCCACAAUGAAAAUCAUGACAGGGUUGGGAGUCACAAUUCAAUGUGGGUGAGUUUUUGUGCCAACAGGCUGUGGAAACAAUAGAAAUAGAGUUUCAGUUGAUACUGAGCCUAGGGUUCAGAAACUUACCAUCAUCUGACUAAGUCAGAACAGAGGCUGAUCUGCCUGGCUAGAUGAUGUGCCUGGCUGGACAUAAAUCAUGUAAACCAAGAAAACAACUUAGUGUAUAAAGAAAACUGGUAUUAACUGCACUUUUUGAAAUUUUUGCAUGCUAAUUUUAGCCAAUGCAAGCUCAAGUGUCCAAGGCUGGAGAUUAGUCCAAGGUUUAACCGUGGCUGUGUAGAGAUAAACUUAGAACAUUACAGCCCUUCAGCCCACAAUGUUGUGCUGACAUUUUAUCCUGCUCUAAGAUCUAACUAACACUUCCCUCCCACAUAGCCCUCCAUUUCUCUAUCAUUCAUGUGUCUAUCUAACAGUCUCUUAGAUGUUCCUAAUGUAUCUGCCCCCACCACCUCUGCCGGCAGUGCGUUCCAUGCACCCACCACACUCCUUGUUUAAAAAAAACUUACCUCUGAUAUUCCACCCGCCCCUCCC